AAAUCGAGUUGGAUGCUCUUGCUAUUGCUCUUGCAACUGUGACGCGAAAGCGAAAGCGAAAACCGCGCAACGACACCCUGUGGCCUGUGCAAGCGCAAGCUGUGCCCAAUAAUAGCGCCGCGCAAUCGAAUUGGGUGCGUUGCUCUUCUCGCACCUACCCUCGUUCCCCUCUCCAAUCCCCCAAAGACCACCAGGCCGUUAAUCCAAAUCAGCAUCGCUUCCAUCGCCUCGCGCCGGCGGUGGCGCCGGCUGAUUGGGCGUUCGCGAUUGUUCGUUAAGCAAUCGACCGCGGAAAGGCCGCCUUCUUCGCUGUCGCGGCCGCAGCGACGGUUCUUGAUUGGUGAGGUGAGGGUGUUGUUGGCCGUUGCAUGUAUGCGGGAGGGGAGAACCGCGCCAAUGGUGGGGGCGGGGAGGGAGGGGGAGACACGCUCCUCCAACGGCGGAGUCAGCCCGGCCCGUCCUCCUCCGGCGCGGCGGCGGCCGCGUCCUCCUCUUCGUCAGCUAGGGGAGAGGAGGAGGGGGGAGGCAACAAGCAGGGGAGGCGCAAGAAACAGGGGAAGCGGCAGGCGAUGGCCAGGGCGAUCCGCAGCGGGCUUCCGGCCGCUGCGUCCUCCUGCUGGCGUGGCGUCUCUGUUGUUCCGGGCACCGGGGAGAGAAGGACGUGGAGGAGGUGGAGCCGGCGGGAGAGGGCGGCCGACGGCGAUGGCGGCGGCAACGCCGGCGAGGAUGGUUCAGGCCCGGGCGAAACGUCCACGGCAACGGCAGGGCCGGCGGCAGCGUGGUGCUGCGUGUGCCCGGGCGGGGACUGCUCACUGGAGCCCAACCCGAGCGCCAAUGGCAAGGAGGACCCCCGCGUCCGCUCCCUCCUCGAGCGCAACGACUUCUUCUCCACCGACUGCAACCCGCACGCCGACGUCCUCCCCGCAGCCGCCGCCUCCUCGUAGGAGGCCCGGCGCCCGUUCCGGUUAGGCGCCAUUCAUCCACCAUCACCGCAAAUUGCCAUACACAAUUUUACAAACAAAAAAGAGGAAAUCAUUUCCGCCCCCUGGUGGGGCUCGAUUGAGUCCUUGAAUCU